AUGACAACUGUGGUUCGAUGGCUCUUCUCCACUAGCAGGUUUACUGCUUUCUGUUUGCACUUUUGUAUUAAGUUUCCUUAUAUAUACGAUUUUUUAUUAUUUUCUAUUUGUCUAUUUUUAUUUAUUUUGCAUUUUAUUUCUAUUAUUCUUCUCCCCAUUUUUAAUCCUUUUGGAGCCUACUUCCUUAUUACUCUUCCUCUAGAGAUUCAGGAUCCCCAAGCUCUAGCUCAUUUAGUAGGGCUAAACUUCUAUCUGAGCCUUUACGAGCAGGAUCCUGGAUGGGUUACGUUCAUUCAGAACGAGCUUAAUCACAAUACCCCUCUGGAGGACAUACCUGGACGGCUUAAGCUCUUCCUAAUGGAAGAAAAGCUGUCUAGUAUGCGACAAGAUGUCAUUCAGGAAUUUGUGGCGCUUUAUCAAAGAAUAGGGCCUUAUCUACCGAUCGAGCCCUACUUAGUCGAUGAAGCGCUUCGUUCCUAUCUGGACCAUAUUCACGCAACUGAUUCUUUCACUUUUCUCCAAGUGUCUUAUCAAGAUCCGCGGGAGAAUGAGGGAGGAUCUGUUUUCUUUAGAAAUGAUGUUUCCCACAACCGGGAUCUCCUUGAGGCGGAAAGCUCUGCAAGGAGGUGCCUGGAAGUGGAACAGAGGAUCCGAUGGGAAGAAAUCCCCAAGAGCAAGGCAAGUCUCGAAAGAGCUGAGAACGAGCAUGCUCUCGACUUGUUUAAGUCGGAGGAUCUUAGAAGGGAAUUAGAAAAAAAUGGGGUAGCUCAGUAA